AUGGCGUCCAAACAAAGUGAUAAUGUCGGUUUAUGGAAACCCUCCAAAGCAAGAUACGAAUUUCGAACAAAUCCCGAGUGGCAGGGGAAAACAAGUUCCGGAUUUUGUAUGGGUUAUCUCCAGGCGAAUUUAGCGAUUCUUCCAAGUUCUUUGGCGAAGGAUUUUGAACGUUUUUGCGAGCUCAACAAUGCUCCAUGUCCGCUGUUGUACAGAAGCAAAACUGGUGAAUUAUCAGCUGGAUUUCUUGCUCCCGACUCUGAUGUAAGGUACAAUGAAAGCUCCCAACCCUUUUAAAAUAUGGGUUGUAACUUCUAAUUAAGAAAGUUUCCUUUUUGGAAUAAGGAAAGAUGAGAAUCAUUUUUAAGCGGUCCAUUUGAACACUUUACGGUCCUCCCCACCACCCAUGUGGGUUAAGAUUGUUGUUGGUUUUCUCCUUUGCUCCGAGAGCGUCAUUUCCAAAUUCCAAUUCGAUCUGGAACGCACAGACGUUUAAACAAGAGUUCGUAAGAACUCCUAAGCGGCUGCGUGGGUAAACUGAUUGCAAUUACAUUUUUUCCCACCCCCGCUCGCUUAUCCCCAAGUAUAACAGGACAUCUUUCAAUACACGCCACUUUACAUUUUCCAUAAUGCACCUUAUUCCCCACCAGCCCCACCCUCCCGCUCCCUCUCAAAUUUUGCAUAACCUCUGUUUUUCAUUUCUCCUUGGUCUUACAGCCGUCCCAAGAGAAAUUGAAAACACUGCUUAUGCAAAAUUUUGGGGGGCAAAGAAGGUGGAAGUGGCGUAUGCCAGUACAAUACAGCGUGACCAAUUCCAUCCAACCGCAAAUAAUUGUUGUUCUGUAAAAAAUAUUAAGUUUUAGGUUUGUUUAAGUGAGAUAUCAGAUUUAAUGCCUUUCUGACAUCUGGGUAUAUUAUGUUCUACAAAAUAUUUGAUGGGUGAUCUGCAAUCAUGAUCAGCGUCAAUAAUACUGUUUUGCAAGGAAGGACUUUGGCAUCUUGGAACAUGGCAGUGGCAGAUCCAGACCUUCAGAUAAGCGGGGGAAGGCGGUCUCCAAAAAAAUUCUUUUCGACCCUUCGGGCCUCAUUUUGGUCAAAAAAAAAAUAAGGCCCCCUCCCCUGGAUCCGCCACUGCAUGGUGUCCCUUUUGACCCUAAGCCUGUAAAAGAAAGAAUGUGGUUGGCGAUGAUCGUUCUACAUAAGUGCUUCCGAUAUUUUGUUUCCACCAAACAAAUGAUGUUAGCUUUAAAAAAAUUAUUUAAUUCUCUGUGCGAAACGAAAUGGUCCAGUGGCCGAUUUGUAAACUGUGCUAUUUUUUUUUCUUGUGUUGCGGUCAAGCACAGUAGAAAGUGUUACAAGGCGAUCACUCAAAUAUUAAGGCCCUAUUCCCUUGACACAUUUACACGUAUGAAUACUUACCGUAUACGUCAGACAACUACUCACAGGGAGCAAGUUGGGUCUACUUGAAGUCCCAUAAGGUCUCUCCCAGAAGAAAUUAGAGUAACCUCUUUUUCAAGUAGGGCAACGUGAAAGUCAGCAGGUCGUAGCCUCUGCAGCAUUUAACAUUUAACGCCUUCCAAACUAAAAUGUGGCGUUCCAAUUUGGUAAAAUUCAGAGCAAAUACUGAGAAUCACCUCAAAAAUUGGCUGGAAGUGAAACCUAGAGCAUUUUACGGAAUUUCAUGUUUGCCACUUAAUUUCAAAGACGAUUUUUGCAGUUUACUCUUAACCUUUAACUCAGCAGGUUUUAAAAACUCACAGGAAACGUCUCCCUGUUUGCAAGGAAUCACAAAAUUCUUCCGAGCAAUCUCCUAUUCUUUAUUUCAAAUUUAAGCAACUAAAGGAUUUUCGAAAGUUCUUGUUCUGAGAGGUUCAUAUUCUUAUAGCUAGCUUGUAUGAUAAACAGUCUCAAAUUACAGUGUAGAAUUAGUGAAAAUAAGUGGAACCCCAAAGACUUACCUCGGUGAAAUAAAAGUAACAAAACCUUUAUAGUUUAUUUUCUUUAGUUUUCUUUAUAAAAUAAACGAUUGAAUUGGUUAAAGGAAUGUUGCAUACUAGGUACAAGUAGCAGAGUCUGCAGGCAUUUAAUAUAUUAUGGCACUCGGCGUGAAGGGCCACCAGUAGGGGGCCCACUAUUUGAUUUUUGAGUCGGGGAUGGGUUAUUUUUUCAAGCAAGAUUUUUUCAGACCUCAUUCGCAGUGCCUAUUUCAUUUUGCACAAAAUUUACAGACUUAAGUGACAAUAGGGCCAUUUAUACGACGAAAAAUAAGACGCGAACUUUCUGUAUAAACGGCACAUUUCGUGUAAAAUAAGACACGGCUUAGCUAAGACGCGUCUUAUUAGAUAAGACAUGCUCGUAUAAAUGGUACAGUUAGCGUCUUAUUUAAGACGCGUCCUAUGUAAGACGCGUCUUAUUUUUCCUCCUAUAAAUGGCCCUAAUAUUGAUCUACAAGAAUUUUUUGGGCCCUUUCGGCUAUUCGGCCUCGGCUUAUGUAAUGGUUGGCCCCGAAAGGCCACCUUAGAUUUGGACCCUGAAUUUUUUAGUGGAGUGAGAACACCCGCUCUGAACGACUACGUAUCGCCGCGGCCCAGCUACCUUUUAGAAUCAAUAGAGAGGCUCCACCAAUCCUCGUUUAUAUCUUGUUUAUACCGGUCGUCAAAGCCAUUACACACAGAGAAAGCUGGGUCCAAAGGCACCGGAAUGGCUUCGAAAGUCGCACGGCAAGAGUAAACCUUAAGGAGGAUGUGGACGAGGAAACGAGCGCGGAGGGAAAGGAGCGACAAAGGAAGGCAUUGCAGAGCUUUGCGAAAUAAUCCGGUAUGACAGCAACGAACGAGAGGGAAGACCAAAGAAAGAGCUGGUACACUUCAAUCCACUUGCGCCAUAGAAAAUGGGUGAGGAUUCCAACUUUUUGAUCCCCAAGGAACUCAGACGAAAAUUCACUAUAACUAACUCUAAUCCCCUACAAAAACACAGGAGAGCAUUCAGAAUUUCUGAUCCCCCCAAACAACACAGGAGACUGAUUCAGAAUUUCUGAUCCCCCAAAAAUAACACAGGAGAGGAUUCAGAAUUUCUGAUCCCCAAACAACACAGGAGAGGAUUCAGAAUUUCUGAUCCCCCAAAUAACACGGGAGAGGAUUUAGAACUUCUGAUCCCCCCAAAACAGAGGAGAGGACUCAGAAUUUCUGAUCCCCCAAACAACACAGGAGAGGAUUCAGAACUUCUGAUCCCCCCAAAACACAGGAGACGAUUCAGAAUUUCUGAUCCCCAAAACAGCACAGGAGAGGAUUCAGAACUUCUGAUCCCCCCAAAACACAGGAGAGGAUUCAGAGUUUCUGAUCCCCCAAACAACACAGGAGAGGAUUCAGAGUUUCUGAUCCCCCAAACAACACAGGAGAUUCAGAAUUUCUGAUCCCCAAAACAACACAGGAGAUUCAGAAUUUCUGAUCCCCCAAAUAACACAAGAGAGGAUUCAGAAUUUCUGAUCCCCCAAGAACACAGAAGAGCAUUCAGAAUUUCUGAUUCCCCAAACAAUACAGGAGGGUAUUCAAUAUUUCUGAACCCCUAAGAAUAUACUGUUGUGGAAUCAGAAUUCCUGAUAACCCAAACAACCUGAGAGAAACUUUAUAUUUUUCCCUCUGGUCUCAAAGCAGUGAAAUGUUUCAAAAUUUGAGGUUGGAGUCAGCACAUGGUUCUGGAGCAGUGCAAGGACUGAUUGUUCCACAAUAUAAACUUUAUUCAAUUGCUAGUGUUACAUCCAAUACAGCCACAUUAAAUUUUAGCAUUGCAGGUUUUAGUUCUUGCUGCCUGCCUGAACGAUGUCUGAUCAAAAUAUUUUUUUCUUAAUAACACUAUUUAAUUUGAAAUCAUUUACAAUAUCAUAAUUUUUUUUAACAGAUUCCAUACACUCAGAUUAUCUUGAAAGAGUGAUGAAGAACAAGCUUCUUCACAGCAGUCGUGUAACUGUAAACAAUAAACAGUCAUGUACUGCAAUGAUGUAUGUGUUACAGGUCAAAUUUGAUUUCAGGGUAAUUUUGAUUCAAUUUUGGUUGAUUAUCAAUUUCAUUUAUUUUAGUAGGGCUAGGAGACAAAGGAAAUUGAGAAUCAACCUAGGUUAAAUCAAAAUUAACUCAAAUAUUAAAUUAAAUAUGCACAUAUAUACAUAAUAAGCACGAGCUGACCUCAAUAUUACAGUAGUUGUAAAUUUAAUGAACACUGCACUGAAGAGGUCAAGAAAGUUCAGAACUGCCCAAAACCGUAAGAAAUACUUAAACUGCACAGCUGACCUCAGCAUCACUGCAGACUCCAUUUUCUCUGACAGAAUUAGCAUACAUACAUACACAUUAUUUAGACAACAUGGAACUGAUCAGUAUGAGCAAUAAGUUAUUAUAUAUAACCAGAUGUAUAAAAGCUAGACAGGGCUUUUAAGAGCUGGGGGCCAUGGAUUCCCCCAGCUGUUAUGAGCAUGGCCCCCGGCUAGUUGCACAGGAAAAUGGAAGAAAAAAAACAGAACCAAAAGAAAUCCCUAGCUGUUUGAUUCCCUGCCUACUUGUUGUAUUUACCUGGACACUUGAAAUCUUAGUGACAUCCCUGCCCGCAUGUUAAGACAACACAUAAAUAUAUAGUGUUAAGUAACCUAUAUCUAGUCAUGAUUGGAAAAAAAUAUAAAAAACAUACCCUGUUUGUUGAAUCUCUAGAUAAUGUUUGUUUAUAAUCCAGAAAUGACAAGAUCAGCUGAAAAUAUUCUCCUUUUUGUGAUAUCUUAAGUCAACAUACACAUCACCUUCAGUACAUGUUGUAACAUUUGGGUUUUAGGUUUUUUUUGUUACAAAUAGUUCUUAAAAUUAUUGUAAUAAUAAAUAUUGUGAUAUUAAAUGACAUAGUGGCCACUUUACAAUUUCUACUUAUUAAGGUAUACCAAGUUACAGAAAAGCAAUUUAGCACUCAAUUUCAGUGAAAAGACAAAAUAAACAAACAUCUUCAUAUAAUACAAUCAUGCACAUGAAAACAAAAAGUGAAAUGACUGCUUCUUUCAAAGUUCCCGAAUAGCGUUUUGAACUGAAGGUCCAGACAUCAGGCUUGUGCUGCCUUUUAUUUUUGAUCUUAUUGCAGCGAUGUACCUUAUGUGGUUCAUUCCAUUUUAUAUCCCUCCACCCGCCAUAGAUGAGAUUUUCUUAAUGGGGUGCUUGUGAGAUUUUCUGAAGGGAUCAAUACUAGGAGAAAAGUUUUUCUGAAGGGGGUUGUUGCCCAAGAUGGGUGCAAAUAACAAGAAUACAUUUUAGAAGGGAUAAAGAGAGAGCUACAUCAUCAAUACAGGCAUGGUGAAUACAGUGAAGAGUACUGUAAAACUACAGUAAUCUUCCCUGAAGGGCACAAAUAAAAUUAAUUGCCUUAUUUUCUGAAGGGUACAAAACAAAAAAAAUAUAUUUCUGAGGUUAUCUAAGAAUUAAUGUUAAUUUCUGAAGGGGUAACCCCAGAGAUAAUUUUCCGAGGGGGUCAAGUUAAAAAACCUCAUCAAUAGAGGGAGGGGGUCAAUAGGGGGGCAGUGGACAUUAAAUGCAAUGGCCCUAUAACUUAUUACUAUUUAUUAUAUAGAUACUGAUGAAAUACCAGGAUUUUUCCUUUUACUAAUAAAUCAUAUCUUCAUCGCGCGCAGUGAAGAUACUAUUUUUAUCUUUCACGUGUGAGAAUAUUGGUGUCGCCAUGGUUACUAAUAUGAUUAGCCAAUUACAAGAAUUACAAGAGUUUCAAAAAGUCGUGUUUUAUGUAGGAAUUUCAUCAGUAUCUAUAAAAUAAACAGAACAUUACAUGGCCGCUUGGAGAUAUGAAUUUUAUCUUCGAGUGCUGAAAGUAUCUUUCAUACUUUCAGCACUCGAAGAUAAAAUUCGUAUCCCCGCGCGGCCAUGUAAUAUCCUCUAUAUUAUGAAUCGAUAAGCGAAAUAAACAAACCUACAGGCUGAAUUCAAAUGUUAUAGGUUAGUUCAACUCUCAAGUCAAUAUAAAUGAACUGGGAACUUUAUCGGAAACUUAUGCUCUUCCUUCUUAUUUACAUUGGUCUGCCACAACCUUAAAGCGCCAGAACAUACAAUUUCCAGAGUAUUCCAUUGACGAUUUGCAACAAAGAGUACAGUUAUUUCUGCAGUAAACAAAAAGGAAUCAAUCGAUGGCAUAUCUGUGCAUGCAUCUUAAAUUUUACGAAAAGUUAUUAAUUAGAAAAACAAACGAACCAGUUUCAAGAACAUACCUUUCUGCAAGAAUCCAGCUGAGUUACUGACUUAGAAACAUGCUUUAUGUGAACACAAUCUUCGCAUUUGAUCACUUUGUCUCGAAAAUAACAUAGAUAAUAUAAAGACAGUCUUUCUAUUAUCCGAAGAUAACGAAAAUACGGUUGGGAUGUUGCUUGUGAAGUCUGCGUGAAUUUGAACUAUUCAACAGAAGGCCAUCUUACACUUUUCUAUUGGUUCAAAAGUCGCACGUGACAAAAUAAAUCAAAUUGCGCAUAAAAAGGCACGUGGAAGCCUGGGAAUCAAUCUCGUUCCAGAGGCCGCGAACCUUUUGUACAUCCUGGGAAUCAACGAACAUUAUAGGGGAGCUCCACGCGCGGUGCAAAGCUCUGCGCGUGUGCGCAGCCCCAUAGAUAAGGAAAUCUACCCAUCCCAGAAAAUUUGGUAAUCACGUGACCGUACACCGAACGAACGACCGUCCGUCCGCACCACAGGGAAACCAAUGUUUAUUCUCACACUUUCUAGCUUGUAGUUUGGGAGCCCAGGAGAAACCUAAUUGCACAUCAAUGUUGUGAUCAAUUGACAGCUGUCAAAACAGGGUAUCCGCUGACCAGUAUCACAUAACCGUACCCCGGGCUCAAGUGUCGACCCAUCGAGGUCGAGUAUUUUUUGAAGUUAUCCGCUGACAAAUUACCAGUUUCUAACGAUCGCAGGCUCAAGUUUAUUUUUUCCAAUGAUUCAUAUGAAAUAUGUUGUGUUCAUGUCACUAUGGCCCAGCACUAUUAAGAUUUUGAUUUCAAACUGACCUCGAACGCGAAAAUUCAGCCAGUUUUUUCAAAAAUACAGGCGGGGAAGACCUUUUCUUACCAUGGCCACGCGUUGGUCACGCUCUACGUCCAAUUUUUAUGCUCUGAUUGGUCAAAAUUUGACAGGUGAGUUCAUGCAGAAAAUUUAUUCAGCAUCUUGAAAGUUGUUUACUUUGACAGCUGAAGCUGACAGAGUUUUGUGUCAACUUGUGAUAUUUUUAACUCUCUUUUUCCACUGGAUGUACAAAAUGAAAUACAGCUGCUAUCAAGAGUCUUCUGUUAUUCAUGGCUGGUUUGUUUAUUGGGUUUCUGGUUGAGAAAUGCGUCGCUUGUCAAAAUUCGGUAAUCCGAUUUCGGACGGCAUCGUUUUCGUUUUUCACCUUGCUUAAUGCGUAAGAGGGUUUAAAAGUCAGGGGCACCCAACGAGAAUAUAGUUCAAAACUACUUAAACAUAGCAUUGUUGAACAGAUUUUAGUAUUUAAACGGUAGAUAUAGGCAUAUUUUUAUCCUCUAAAAAUUUUUCAUCUGUUCGGAUUUCCUAGCUGAAAGUCUAGUGAUCCGAAAAUUAUAGGGAUCAAAACCAAUCUUUUCGAAAAGUUCAGCCAGAAAAAAGGCUCCCGAAAAUUCUAGGUGACCUUUUUAGGGUAAACGGAUCCGUUAAAAAUGUGCAAUUAUACCAUUUUUAGAUAUCUGAAAAUCCUAGGAGAGGCAGGCAAGCAAGACAUUUACAACAAAUGUUGCGAAAAUUCUAGAUCUCAAAUCGCCUUCCGAAUAGAUAUUUUCCAAAAAUUGACGUUAGGUGCUCCUGAAAAGUCUCAAGCAACUGUGGCCUUCCUUAAUAGCUUUCAGGAACUGAAUCUCGAAUGGUUAGACUGAGUAAUUUUUGUAUUUGAUGUUUGUUUUUGAUAUAUCUAAUUUCGAGCACAGUUUAUGCGGCAAGUUUAUGCACGUUUGUAAGAUUUGAGUUAAUGAUCUGAGCUAGUGUCAGGUUUGAUAUAAGCUUACAGAACUUUAAAAGGCCUUCAGAUAUAUUUUCUCGCCGCAAAUAAAAAGAAAACGUACCGAAGAAUAUUUAGUUUUAAAUUUGGCUGUAGAAAGAAACAUUGAGCGAUUUUCUUGCUUCGAGGAGUUCAUCUUUGAAAAAAGCAAACACCGGGAGGCCGGCUUAAAGUAAAACAUAAUUAACUUCAGCUUAAGCUUUAAGCUUAAACAGGGGCACCCAACGAGAAUAUCGUUCAAAAGCACUUAACAUAGCAUUGUUAAACGCUAGUAUUUAAACGGUAAAUAUAGGCAUUUUUUAUACCGUAAAAAUUUUUCAUCUGUUCGGAUUUCCUAGCUGAAAUUAUAAAGUCUAGUGAUCCGAAAUCUGUAGGGAUCAAAACAUCAAAACUUACCUUUUCGAAAAUUUCAGCUAGAAAAAAGGCUCCCAAAAAUUCUAGGUGACCUUUUUAGGGUAAAAAUCCGUCAAAAAUGGGCAAUUAUACCAUUUUUUAGAUGUUCGAAAAUCCUACGAAGUUUGUUGUAAAAUUUCUUGCUUGCCUGCCUUUCGUAGGAUUUUCGAUUUAAAAAUCGUCUUCCGAACAGAUAUUUUUCGAAAAAUGACGUAAAGGAUUUUUAGAGACACUUUAAUACCUGUCUUCGUGAAUGAAAAUUGUUGUCUCUGUAAAUGUUUCACCGAAUUAUGUUUCUUUUAUUGACUGUUAGUAGUCUCUCUUGCAAUUUUAAUCGCUUGUACGCGCCGUUUGUUUUCAUCGUUUCGCGAAUAGUUCAUGAACAUCGCUUGCAGGAGUACUAAAAAAUGUCGCGCGUAUCAAACGCUUUAUAAGAUUACACAUCGUUAUAACUGAAACCAUUAACCCGGGAAUAAAAAAGAUACUAAUAAUAAAUUCAUUAUUAUGCUGAAGCGUAACUCUGUUAAAGUUCAUUCAAACACCCGACCACACUGACAGCUCGCACUCUAGAAAUGAGAACCGGCUGGCCGUAUGGGUGAUUUUGGAAAUUUUUUGAACUGUUUCGCUAAAAGCCCACGGUUGAUCGUCCUUAAUAUUGACUAAGUGCGAUUUCUCUUGAAAAAUUGUGAAAUACCGCAUUCUGUCCGAGGUCUGUAUGAUAAAUAGUACUGUUUCACCUCAGAUGUAAUGUAUAAGGAGUAUAAAAGGUUGGGUUACAAACCCCCAGAUUUGUUGACAAGAAUUUGUAAAGUAAACCUGUCGAACGCAAAAAAAUUCGGCCUGAUUUGUUUUCCAAGAAUUUGUUUUCGAGGCCUAAUCUACUGUGAUCAAGAGCCAUUCUGGCUCUUGAAUGUGGUCGAAGAUGUUUGCUAUUUUUUGGGUGUACAUAUAAGGCUAUCGACUCGAUGUAAGAUGUUUCACUCUAAAAUAACUUUUAAAAUAGCUUUUGCCUCAAAAGUCAAAUGAAUGUGCCACCCCGCGGCUUAACUUAAUUGAUUUGUGGAUUAUAAGUUUAUUGUUUGAUUUAAAUUAUAAAUUUAUUAAUGGAAGCUUCGCUUUUAACCCUGGCUAAAUCUAUAUAUUAAUCUUGCAAACAUUAUGCAGAACGCACCCGUUUAGGUCAAAAAAGCGGUUAUUUUAAGCGUUGAUUAGAAUAUUCCAACCAAUUUGAAGUGUUAAAAGCAAGUGGAAAACUUAACAUUGUUCUUUUAAGCCGGGAAAGAAAAUGCUGGACAAAGUUAAUUUACAGUUGUGACGAAAAACGUGUUGUGAACGUUGUUCAUGUUGGACAAACUUAGGUACGAAAAACUAAUUGAACCAAAGACACCUUGAACACACCAAGACCAUGCCAGUUUAUUGCUUCAAGGAAUCAUUAAUUAGUUGAACGAACCGAAUCAAAACGAAAGUCAAAAGCAUGCAAAGCAAGGAACUGUUCUCAUGUUCAAGUGUACUUUCGACCUUACCACGACAUCGAGGAACACACUACUGUAAGAAACAAAACAUUCAUGCAAUGUAGUUACAUAUGUCUGGGAUCGAGAUUAAUUAGAUUAAUUUGGAUAGUAAAUUUGUUUGUUUCCCACAGAUCGUGCCGUUGCCCUUGCUUGAUACAAUCCACCUAGAAAUCUUGCCAUCGUUUACAGAUGAAAAGCCUUAAAAACUGUGGCUAACAUAUCUUGGCACCUUGUACAGAAUAAAACGCUACAAAUUCAAAGUGCGACAAAUUUCGUUUGAACUAAUAUAAUAAUAUAAGAAAUAACCAGUUAAAUUAUUUUUCUUAUAGUUCUGUAUUUCAUAUUACUUUUUGUCUUCUUCUAUUUUCUACUUCUUUUCUUUUAGGAUUAUCAUUACUAUUGUUUAUCAUUUAUUUUCCUCUAUUUCGGAGAUAUUAGCUUCAAAAGCGACACUGCCGAAAAUCUGAUGUUAAAUAAAGGUAAUGUAUGAUGUGAUUUAACGCUUUUUCUCUUUUAAGUUGCUUGGGGGAUCAGAAAUUCUGAAUACUUUGACAAGCAUGAACAGAUAGCCAUUUUUGUCCCUUGCUGUGAUGGGGGAUCAGAAAUUCUGAAUCCUUGUGGUAUUAAAAGUAGACAGCUGGUUCUAUCCUGUAACUGUUUCUUGUAGCUGUUUCCUGAUCCUGGGGAUCAGAAAUUCUGAAUACUUUUAUAACCAUAAACAGAUAGCCGUUUUUGUCCCUUGCCAAAAAGGUGGAUCAGAAAUUCUGAAUCCUUGUGGAAUUAAUAAUAGAUUACCGUUUUGUUCAGUUAAGCUAUGGGCUGGGGGGUCAGAAAUUCUGAAUCUCUCCCAAAAAGAAAGCACAAUGGGUGCACACUCAGAAAUUCUGAAUACUUUGACAACCAUGAACAGAUAGCCAUUUUUGUCCCUUGCUGUGAUGGGGGAUCAGAAAUUCUGAAUCCUUGUGAUAUUAAUAGUAGACAGCUGGCUUUAUCCUGUAACUGUUUCCUGAUCCUAGGGAUCAGAAAUUCUUAAUACUUUUAUAACCAUGAACAGAUAGCCGUUUUUGUCCCUUGCCGUGAUGGGGGAUCAGAAAUUCUGAAUCCUUAUGAAAUUAAAAAUAGAUUACUGUUUUGUUCUGUUAAGCAAUGGACCGGGGGAUCAGAAAUUCUAAAUCUCUUUCAAGAAAUGUACGAUCUCUUUCACAUAAAAUUGCACAAUUUGAUGGAAUUGGAAAAUUGGAUCUGUUGUUUCUUGUGGACUCAACUGAACACUUUUUUUUCUCCUUCUAAUUAACGAAAACCUUUCAGAAACACAAACUUUUUUAGCAUCAAUACUCUUCUGAAUUUUCCCAAAUUGGAAAGCCACAUUUUUUAUUCGUUCCAACACCAUCAGCUAGAUCUUGUCUGGGUUGAUCGGGUGACUGUUAUCAUUUUAUUUACUUAACCACACUGUAUGCAUCAACGACAGACAUGCCAUGCGCUAAGGCCAGCAGGCUCCUGGGACUUGUGCAGAAAAACACCAGCUUCGUCAAAAGCAUUACGGUUAGACGUUUGGCAUACCUUACCCUAGUAAGAUCCCAUCUUGGCUAUGCCACGCAAGUCUGGACUCCGCAGUCAGUAGACCUGAUUUGAAAGCGCGAGCGUGUCCAGAGGCGCGCUACAAAGUAUAUCAUCCACCGUUCAUUUGUGAGCAAAAACUGACACUUAACUUAUUACCGGUCUCCUGUCGGCACGAGUUUUUAGUCAUGACAUUCUUUUUCAAAGUUGUAACCGGCACAGUUAGAGUUAGUCCUUCUGUUCUGCCGCAAGUCUUAGUUACUCGCACUACCAGCUCUAACAGCAACCGUAACGUCACUCACUUUUUUUCAAGGAAAUGUAAUACUGUCACUUUUCAGGGAUCUUUUUUCAAUAGAACCACCAGAAUCUGGAACACGCUAGCAAAUGACCUUCAACUUUCAUGCAACCUUCAGAUCUGUCAGUUCAAAUCCAUCAUGUAUAAGUACGACGUGUAUGCCUUAGAACAUAACUACGACCCAGAGAACCAACGACCCUGGAAAACCAUCUGUCCAUCUGUCAUGUAACGUUUCACGUAACGAGUCUGUUCGUCUUCGUUGUUGUUUUUUAUUGUCAUAUGUAGCUUUACUGUUUCUUACAUAUCUUUUAAGCGCUGGGACCACUGUAACUGGCUCACCGCUGUUGUGUGGCACCCCUACCCAAUUAAGCAUUUAUUAUUCAUUGUUUUCUUUGUUGUUGUUGUUGUUGUUGUUGUUUUUUAACAACACCUAGUGCCUUUAAGGUUUGCAAGAAAGCCUGAAGAAAGCUAUCAUGGUCGAUACUGUCAAAUGCGUUUGUCAAGUCUAAGAAGACAGCAAGUGUGAGCAUCCAUCGGCUCAAGUGCCCUGUCUGUCUGUGUCAUUAUAACAUUGAGAGUUUCACCUGAAUGCAGCUUUUCAUUACCACUUUGAUGUUCGGUCAGCUUCUUUUUGUUGCUCAUGCACGUAGUCUUGAGUCAAUUAUUCAGGACCACUCGUUCACAAACGAAGUAACUAUUCUGGGCGGUUAUUGCUUGCAAUCUCAUGAUCUCCUUCCUUAAGUGAAGGAGUGGCCUUAGAUAUUUUUAAUAUGACGGAAUUCUGACGACAAGGAAGACUAAUUCACCAUGUCUGUGAUAUUAUUAUUAUUAUUAUUAUUAUUAUUAUUAUUAUUAUUAUUAUUAUUAUUAUAAAUGCAAGGAAGUCACUCCUGAAUCGCAGCUUUAGACCGGCCAAUGUGUUACCCUAAUUAAUCCCCAUUGACACAUACCCACAUAAAACCCUUAGGGAUAACUCCAAUAUCAGAAUUAUCCGUGGGGUAAUACACCAAAAAUAAAUUCAAGAGUAUGUGGCCAUCACGUCUAAAUUUGGGGGGGCUGGAUGGCAAAUACUCACACAAAACCUAACGGAGAGGCUCCCUGAGGUAGAAAUUGGCGAAAGAAACAGUAAAACUAAAAAAAGUACAAAUAAGAAUGAGAGGCAGGUGGUAGAAUUUGAGACGAUCUGGCCUAUUGGCCCUUUGAGUGUGUGUGUAUGUAUUUACGCCCGCGCCUACCUUUAAAACAUCUGUGAGGUCAUCCGUUUGGGAAGCCAGAACCCCUUUUAUUUAUGUACUAAUAUUGUAGAUAAUUUUUGGAACCUUUUGGGUAAAAUAAAGGUGGGUUGAAUUUGUUGUUGUAUUUGUGUAUUGUUGGUAUUUCGAGGGAAGUUGGAGAAAAGAAAAUAAUGAUUUACCAUUGUAUCUUUAAAAGUCGGUAUCUUUACAAUUACACUGUUAUUGCUCAUAUAUGUCUGGCUUUUUUGUGGCUGAGUCCUCCAUCUUUUUCACUCAAAAACCGUCUCCAAAGUAGCCAUUAUAAAUACUAAGAGUACAAUGAUUUUUUUCCCUUUCUUUUUUCUCUCUUUUAACCUCUUCCUCCUUUGUCGGAUUGGAUUACCUUUUUAGACCAAAAUUGGAGCUUUGGCCUUUUACGGGUCAAAUGUCUCCGUUCGUCAAGGCGUACGUUUUCAAGCGUCCAACCAGGUGUAAAUACUAGACUAUAUAACUCUUGCCUUAUUUUAAUUAUGAUCGUGGCAUGACUGCUUUUAGGACUGAUCUCCCAAAAUAUCAAGUGAAUGAAUAUGGAGUAAUAACAGAAGAGCCUGGGGACCUCACAGCACACUCUUGGGACGACUUUGUGUCUUUCUAUGUGGGCUGCAGUUUUGGAUUUGAAGGAAAACUAGUACAAGCUGGAAUUCCCUUAAAGAAUAUAACCGAAAAGCACGGUGACGGUGUCUCUGUAUUUCAGACCAAUCUUCAGUGCAUAUCCGUUGGACGGUUUGCCUCUCCCUUAAUGGUUUCCAUGCGUGCAGUUCCCAUAGAAUUGGUGGAAAAAACUCUCACCAUUACUGCUGCCUUUGAAGAAUUGCACGGUGCACCAAUACACAUUGGAGAUCCAGCAGUCAUUGGAAUAGAUGAUCUUUACAACACAGAAUUUGGUGAACCUUCCAGCAUUGGAGAUCUUAUACCCAUGUUUUGGGCCUGUGGUAGAUCAGCGUCCAUAGCAUUACGAGCAGCAAGUAUGUUUUUAAUACACCGCCAAACUCUCAAAGCUGUUUUGGUUUUUAGGUUGUUACUUUAAAUGUUGAAAAGUUGAGAUGUCACACCAAUACUGUAUUUUAAUACAGAAUUGGUAAUUAAAAUUUACUAAAAGUUUUGAGAGUUUACUUAAAAUUGUCUAAGGCCUUGGCUAAACGUCGAACUUUUCAUGAGACUAACCAAACUCUACUUUGGGUCGACAUAAAUUAACUUAAGAUCGUCUGUUGGGUCAGACGUCGAACUUAGGACGCGUCGAACCAAUCAAAAAUAGCAUUAAAGGGGAUGGGAGAGGUUGUUAGUUAAAGCGCCCCUCCCCCCUUAAAGCUGUGAGUUAAACUUUGCUAUCACACUGCAAUAUGAACUACAGACCUAGACCUCCAUGAUUAGGGAUAUAAGACUUUGUCCCCCUGAGUGGUACCAGCAAGCUCAUUUUUGGGUCCUGGCUGAUGCACUAAAUCAGACCAAAGAGCAAAUGUAAUAAAUUUUCUUUCGAACUAGGCUAAAUGUACAAUCUCACAUAAUAAUUUGUUAAUUUACUAGUUUAGUUCGUCGCUUGCAAAGAUCGACGUUUGUCCCAGAGACGAUGUUUAGACGUUCUAUCCGUCUAAAGCAGAUGGAUUAAGAACGUGGCGGACGAUCUAAACUCAUUCAGACGAGCUUAACUGAGGCAGACGUCGACUGAAUUUUCCAGUGAACUUAACUCACUAAGUUUGGUUCAACUCAUGAAAAGUUUGACGUUUGGCUUCAGGCCUAAGUGUUUGAAAACUGAAACUGAUCCUUGCUGUGGUCCACGCAAUUUUGCCAGCAUAAUGUUGCUCGGGUGCAAAGCGUUUUAAACAAACACGUAGCUCAAUGUUUUAAGAUAAAUUUCAUACAUCCUUGCCCAAUUUUCUUUUGCUGAUGAAUGAAAUCCCAGAAAAUAGUAAGAAAAAGAAGUGGUUUAGUCGUUUGACAGCACUGGAGGUAAGAAGGACUUUCCAGCAACACAUAAUCUCAUACAAAGCUCGACCGAUGGUGUCGCUCUAGGAUUCGGACAGCCAGGCUACAUUGUUGGGAGAUGCAUGCCCUUCAAGGCUGCGCCAUCCUUUUUCUCCAGUUAUCCCUCUAUCUGAGAGGUCAUUUAUCCGGCUUUCUCUCAAGUUUGUAAUACGGAAAAACUAAUGCAAGUUGUAAUACUGCUCGUCAGAAUCUUUAGACUGACUACAUUUGCAGUAACCCUCUGUCUUUUGAUAUAAAUCUUUUGUCCUUUUUUUUUUUACAGAACUCCCACUUUCAUUUUGCCAUUUUCCUGGCUCAGUUUUCGUCUGUGAUACUACUGUGGAUGAAUAUUUCAAAAUCCAUAGACCAGAACAUGGUGAUGAACAACCAAAGCUCGUCACUUUGACAGAUCAACCCUACCUUGCUUCUGUCUGUUCUGUCAGUGUGGCAACAAAAGUAGAAAAGCUGGCUGAAAUUUCUGCAGCCAGCAACAGUGUCGAUGGAAAGGUAGAUGCACAGUCCACAACGGAUUUCCUGAAGAUAUCACUGAGACUGUCCCAUGCUCCAAUUGUUGUUAUCGGCUUUUUAAAUGAAAAAGAGAGCUUUUCAUUCGAGACAAGUACAUCAGAAUGCAUCCAGGCAAUGAUCGCUCUUAUCAAAGCUCUUGAAGUAUUGAAUAAGAAAAUAACUAUUGUUACUGAACAGAACGCAAAGCUUUUUCGAGAAAUUAUAGUAGACAACGUUGCCCAAGGUCAUUUGAUCUCGAAGGAUGGUGUUCGUGUUGUUGAAUGUGCUCACGACGAGAAGAUGAAUGCUUUGCUACACAAGCUGUAUCAAGGUAAAAUCAGCCCGAGGCUUGAUACGAUGAUAGGCUUAGUGGUUGAAAAAUCACUUCAACCUGAAACGAAGAGUGACAUCAAAAGUGGUUUGGUGGACACGUUAUUUGAAGAAGGUUUGUUGGAAGGGUUUUUAGUUUGCAAAACACGAUAAUUGUGGGUUCACAUGGGAGAAAAUAAAUGAAUUCUUUUCAGUAAUCAAAGUAUUUAGACUGUUCAACUAUUAUAUAAGUUAGCUUCAAAAAGGUGAAUAUGUGUUUUAUUGCUGUCUAAGGGACACAGCACAAAUUUUUGUCAAGUUCCACUAAAUCAAAUGAAUUAAUAAACUGAUUUUGGAGCGAUCAUGGCAAGGCCAAGUUUAACCAGCAGCUGGAUGGUACCUCCAUUUUACUAGACUCAUUCCUAACACUGUGAUGACCUUAUUUUCGUUCUAUGUACGUGGUUUAGUAGCCUGUAUUCUCUGUUUACAGCUGAGAAACACAAUAAAAUUGUGUCCAUUAAGAUCAUUGCUGACAAAACUAAGACCACGGCAGAUGAAGUUGAGUCAGUGGACAGCCACACGUUGAUCACCAACUCAUUGAAGGUUGCUGGAUGUGGCCUUGCUGCAGCGCUCUGUGUUCUUAACAUGUGUCCCAUUCAUUCCCGUUAUAUGAGGCGUGGUACAGGGAAGAGACCAAUCUUUCAAGCUCAUCAGUUUAUCCUGAACACAUUAGAGGUAAGGGUUGUUUUAUGAGCCUAGUCGUCCAUGAGGGUCUCUUUCUAUUCUUGUUUCUGUUGUAAAGUAACAAAAGUAACCACCCUUGCCAAUCAAUUUACGCGCGCGCAAUCAAAUAACUCUGUGAGAUCUGAAGAAAAAUUCCUGUACCAGAUAUGUAUGGUGAAAUUGCUAGCAAGGGCUUCAAUGCUUUUUUCUUUCGAAGAAGUGGGAAAAUAACCAAUCAGAAAGCGUGGGAACGGUUGUUAGCAUUGGAUUAGUCUUGCACUUCUGCUUCGGACACCGACAAUCUAGUUUUCAAUGGAUCUUAAGUGACGAAAUAGUAACACAGGCAGACCACCCUCGUUACGCGCGGCCUUUUUUGUUGUUAUUAGGGAGCUUAAACAAUGACGGCGACGAAGGUGGCAAAAACAUUCAUUCAUUCAUUCAUUCAACGUCUUUUAAAUAUGUGAAUUGGUGCUCUUUCAAAAUUCAUCGCUCUUCUUUCGUGGCGCUUAAUUUGUCAAGUGUUGGUGAGCUUUUCUGGAGUUGAAUUCUAAAAGGGCUUUAGGGCGCUUUCCAUUUUUCAGAACUGGCCGGCCAGACCAUUUCCGUCAUAACGAAAAUUUCACUUUUAUCCUAAACAUUAUACACGAAGGAGAUGGUUUUUCAGAAAAAAAACUCUUGGAGAAAGCCGACUUCGGUUGCUAACUGACUGGUCAGGCAAUGGUCCUACCGGCCAGUUUUGACAAAUGGAAAGCGUCUUCAGCAAAAAGUGAAAUUAGUCAGUUUCAUGUCUUGGUCGUCAAAAUAAAUUUAGUGUACUAAAAAUGGUAAUUCACGUGCGAAGUUGUUGUUUUACUAAUGUCAUCCUAAUGAUUUUUUUUUUGGCCGUUCUCGUUGCCGUCGCCGUCCUCGCUUAAGCUCCCUGCAGACCCUUCCACGAUUUUUCAAUUUUUCACAUGGACUAUUUAGAGAAAAGCCGCCGGCACCAAUGGAAAGAGCGUCUUAAACUAAAAGUACUAAGAUUGCUUGAAAUUUGAAAGUGACACGUGUUAGAGCAUGCCCCCACCAUGCAAACGUCUGUAAACUUUCGCGACUUUGAGGAGCUAUUAAUAUCUUUUUCAACAAAUCAAUCUCAAACUUGACAAUUUUCCUAAUUACAAGGCGCUCUUUCCAGUGGAUUUAUCCUAACUUGUCCAUAUCAAAAGUUGAAAAAACGGUGGAAAGGUCUAUUGAAAAUGAGCGCAUCGAACCUUAUGUAUCGGCAGAAAUACAGUUUCAGAUUCCUCCAUCAUACAGUUUUGAAUGCAGAUUUUUUUAAAAAAAAGUUCAAGAGUCAAGUUUCAUGUUUUAGCCGGUGGUCAAAUAAUUAUGUCUCGGCAAAAACACGCUUUAUUACAUCCGUUCGUAAUCGGGACGCCGGGCGAAAAAUAGAACCGUUUCCCGUAAAACAAAAGAAACGUUUUGAUCCACGCUUUAAGCUGGAAUAGCUAAGGAUAUUCAAGUCAACCUAAAACAUCUUUCUCAUUUCUCUCAACACUAAAGAGAUGUUUUCGUAACGUGCCGGUGGUGUGGAGUGCCACAGGGCUCAGCAUAGGGUCCUUUAUUGUUUUUAAGAUUUUUUAUAUGUAAAAUAAUCUUCAUUUAUGUCCCAGGGGUAUGCUUGAUUUUCGACUCUUUGUAGUUGACACCAACAUUCGUAAACAAUAGUAAUAUACAUUUUUUGUUAUUUCAGGGUGAAUUGAGAAGACAGAUUUCCCAAGUCACUGGAGAAAAUUAAAAACUAUUCUUUAAAAUUUGUUAGCUG